GGCGUCCGAUCCUACAUAACGAGUUCCUACUCUGACUUGUUUAUGUGUGUACGCGUGGCGCGUCUGUACGGGAAAAUCGUUGCUAGCCGCGAGCUUGUUGCUACGUGAUUAUCCUGUUACCAAGCCCCCUUUUCACCAGCCUCUGAUCCAACGAGUGUAUAUUCAUUGAGUCAGCGGGGCGUACUGUUCGCUGUCGCUACGCAAGAGCGAACCUUUACACAGGGCGACUCCGAGCUUUAUUGGCUUACAUCUCUCGGCUCCGACACUGCGCUUCAUGUACGCAUUGAAUUACGGCGACUCGGUGACCGCAUUCAAGCAAUGUGUAUUUGAUGCCUUACACGUAAUUGACCGGGAUCGUGAGAUAAGGGAAUUGGGAAAUAGAUUGAUUGGGCAGGCUAUGGCGUAUUCGUAAUGCAGUAUUAAUGGCAUUGCAUUGCUCCUCAUCGUUAAUCCUAUGCACUGAGUUACCGCAACUGGCUGAAAGUUCCAUCUCUGAGCAAAUCCUGUUCAAAGCACCAACAGCACCAUAUCACCGCCCCGCAUCCACACUUCCACAUCCCUGCUUCCUGAUUUCGGCAUAUUGGACUAUCCAGCUUCCCAUUCAAAUUAGUGAUGCAUUGAUCCAACAGAGGAGGUCAAGAUGGGAGCAAGGAAGACCAAGCUUGCAACGGACGACAACGACGGAAACCGGAAGCAGGUAGACGAUAAUAGUCAAGAUAGCUUCCAGCUCUAUUCACUGGUAAAUUUGAAGGGAGGAGGGGAGCUUGUCGAACUCACCCGAGAGGCAAUCAAGUCCAAAGACUGGCAACCACUUGAGGACAAACUCAGAAGUGAUUCGGUGAAGAGAUUCUUGUACAACGAUGGACAAGGCCGAGACAUAUCCAUCAAGGAACUUGUCAAUCGGAGGAACCAAAGCAGGAAGGAGAAAGUUGAAAUCAUCGGAGCAACGUCAAGGCAACACAGUGCAAACACCAUCAGUCCUGUUAAUCCUGCUACCAUAAGGAAAGUUUGCUGGGACUUGGACCAGAGAGGGGCUGUCGGAGAGACUAUCCUCCAUCUUUGUUUCCUCAAUGCUACUGAGCUUCAUAACGAGCUGGCCAAGAGAAUAAUCAAGGCGUACCCUCUCCUUGUGAAUGACAUCUUCCACACGGACCUCUACCAAGGUGAGAGUUGCCUUCACUUUGCCAUCGUUAACGAGGACUUUCCCAUGGUGAAGUUCUUGGUAGAGCAUGGUGCCAACAUUGAUGAGAGGGCAUGUGGCACAUUCUUUCUGCCUGAUGAUCAAAAGAACACAAGAAAAGACACCUACGAUCAUGAAGUUAUUGUCGUGGAUAACAAAACAAACUAUCAUGGACAUACCUACUUUGGAGAGUACCCUCUGAGCUUUGCAGGGUGUCUAGAACAAGACGACAUCUUACGUUACCUCUGGAGCAAAGGAGCCGACGUGAAUGCCCAGGAUUCCAAUGGAAAUACUGUUCUUCACAUGACGAUACUUCACAAUAAGAGGUCUCAGUUCACCCAAGCCUUUGAGCUUGGAGCAAGCUGCAGCAUCACCAAUUUCCAGGGUUACACCCCUCUCUGCUUGGCAGCGGAGUUGGCGAAUACCGAGUUCUUUGAGAGCAUCAUCCAUCUAGAGCGUCAGGUCUCCUGGAAGUAUGGGGAGGUGACGUGCGCCCUCUAUCCUCUCUACAACCUCGACAGUAUCGGAGUCGAUGGGAGCGUCAACGAAAAGUCUGCUCUGUUCACCAUUGUCAAUCAGUCUGACAUUGAUCAUCUUGGCUUAAUGAAAGGUCUGAUGACCAAAUUGCUUCAUGAAAAAUGGAAGACAUUUGGGCGGUUCCAAUUUUACCUUCGCAUGGGACUCUUCGUGCUCUACUUGAUGCUUCUGACGACAGCAUUUUAUAUGCGUCCAGGCAAGGACCGUUAUGCUAGAGAUGUCAAUGUCACAGACGAAUUUGGGAAUACAACGGUAGUGCAGGAGUGGAAUAGGUGUUAUCUUCUCUAUACAGAAACAGUGCAGGAUAAGGUUCGUCUCACAUUCGAGUGCUUGACUUUGAUUGGGGCCAUCACGUUUCUUUACUUUGCUGCAAGAGAGUUUCACCACCUGAGAAAGCUCUACUGGAAUGUACUGCGCAAUGCCCCAGCCAAGGCUAUGUUCCUCUUGUCUUGCUGCUUUAUAAUCCUGGCGUGCUUCGGACGGAUUCCACCCUGUGCUCCAUAUUAUGAAGAUGUGCUUAUCAUCCUCUGUGUGCUCACAGCAUGUCCGUACUUUCUCUUCUUCUUGAGGGUAUAUGCCUUGGUUGGUCCAUUUAUCUUCAUGAUAUAUAAGAUGAUUCAAGGGGAUCUGCUCAAGUUUCUUCUUCUCUAUCUCAUCUUCUUCAUUGGUUUCUCACAAGCAAUGCAUAUUGUGUUCCUAUCCUCCAUGGGUGCUGAAACUAACUUCAUCGAUUCAGCCGUCAACAUGUUCGUCAUGUCCCUCGGAGAGUUUGGAGAUGUUUAUGAGGAGUUUGAUAGGACCCGUUACCCGCACAUGGCUAAGUUCUUGUUCUUUGUCUACAUGGUGCUUGUGACACUACUCCUAGUCAACAUGCUUAUUGCUAUGAUGGGCAACACCUUCAGUACAAUUGCCAAUGCUGAUUAUGAGUGGCAGAGACAGUGGGCUAAAGUAGUGCUGGUUUUGGAGCAGUCUCUGUCCCCUGAGGUUCGACAUAGCAUGCAACUGAUGUACUCCCAACCUGUGUGGGAAGGGCUCCCCGGCAGGGCUAUGGUGCAACAAACCGAAAGAGAGACCCAUGACGACAGAGAAGUGCAGAAGGCCCGUCAGCGCAACAGCCGCAACACUCGGAUGAAGUUUAUUGACGGGGAAUGGGUGCCGCCUCCCAUGAAUGACCAGCCUCGGGACAGCGUGCUGGGGACACACCAGCCGCAGUCUGACCCCAAACCCCCAGUGACCCUUGUUAUCCCAGAAACAAAGAUCACUGCGCCAGAUGGGGAUUAUGUGUAAGGUGUAUCCCACUGCUGCCACAAAUAUAUACAAAGAACCCUGUAUGACCAACCUGGUCACCCUGUUAUAGGGGCACACCAGCAACAGUCUGUCCCCAAACCCUCGGUGACAUUUGACAUCCAGUAACAAAGAACACUUCACCAGACGGGGAUUACAUGUAAGUGUAAUCCAACUGCUGCCACCAAUAAAUACAAAGGAACCUGUAUGACCAACCUUGUCACCCUGUUAUAAGGGCUCACCAUCGGCAGUCUGUCCCAAAACCUUCAACGACAUUUGACAUCCAGUAACAAAGAACACAUCCCCAGAUGGGAAUUACAUGUAAGUGUAAUCCAACUGCUGCCACCAAUAAAUACAAAGGAACCUGUGACUUACCUUGUCACCCUGUUAUAGGGGCUCACCAUCAGCAGUCUGUCCCAAAACCCUCAGUGACAUUUGACAUCCAGUAACAACGAACACUUCACCAGAUGGGGAUUACAUGUAAGUGUAAUCCAACUCGUGCCACCAAUAAAUACAAAGGAACCUGUAUGACCAACCUUGUCACCCUGUUAUUGGGGCUCACCAUCGGCAGUCUGUCCCAAAACCCUCAGUGACAUUUGACAUCCAGUAACAAAGAACACAUCACCAGAUGGGAAUUACAUGUAAGUGUAAUCCAACUGCUGCCACCAAUAAAUACAAAGGAACCUGUGACUAACCUUGUCACCCUGUCAUAGGGGCACGCCAGCGGCAGUCUGUUCCAAAACCCUCAGUGACAUUUGACAUCCUGUAACAACGAACACUUCACCAGAUAGGGAUUACAUGUAAGUGUAAUCCAACUGCUGCCACCAAUUAAUACAGAGGACCUGGUCAACUGCCGGUUGGUCUAUUGCCAGUUGACCAAACUUGUGAGAGUAUGUUAGGGGCACACCAGUUGCAGUCUGACCCCAAACCCUCAUUGACCUUUGACAUCCCAGAAACAAAGUUCACUGUGCCAGAUAAGGAUUAUGUGUAAGAUUAUUAUUAUUGUCAUUAUUUAUGUACUGUGCUUUUCUCAAAAUGCCCAAAGUGCUUACAACAACAGAAAGAACAGAUCAAGUAUAAUUUGCAAUCUUAAUACUCUGAACUGGAAAAAAGAAAUGGCCUCAGUAAAUGAGGAGACGAAGAGGGAGAUGGUAAUUGUCUGAGUGAAAGAGGUAACGUAUUCCAAUGUUCCAAUAUAUAUUUAUCCUAUUACUGCCACCAAUACAUACAAGGAACCCUCCGUGCCUGCAUGACCAACCUCUUGAGAGUAUGUUACGGUCAUACAAAUUGCAGUCUGAUUCCAGACUCCUGUCAUCCCAGAAACAAAGGUCAAUUUGCCAGAUAGGGAAUUAUUUGUAAAAUGUAUGCAACUGCCUCCACCAAUAUAUGUAAAGGAAUCUGAAUGAUCAUCCUCGUGACCAUGUUUUAGGGGCACACCAGAGGUAUUCUGGCCCCAAUCCGCAGUGACCCUUGUCAGCCAUGAAACAGAGAUCACUUCGGCAGAUGGGGAUUAUGUGUAAGAAGUAUCCCACUGCUGCCACCAAUUUAUACAAAGGAACCUCUAUGACCAACCUGGUUACCAUGUUUUAGGGGCACACUAGAGGCAGUCUGCCCCCAAAUCUGCAGUGACCACUGUAAUCUCAGAAACAAAGGCCAUUUCCCCAGAUGUGGAUUAUGUGUAAGAUGUAUACUACUGCUGCCGCCUAUACAUAACAAAGGAACCUUAAUGACCAAUCUUGUGUCAGUGUUUAGGGGCACACCAGUCACAGUCCGUUCCCAAACCCGGAUGACCUUUAAAAUCCCAGAAACAAAGGUCUUUUUCCCCAGAUGGGGAUUAUGCGUAAGUACAAUCCCACAGCUUCCACCAAUACAUACAAAGGAACCUGGUCGACUGACAGUAGGUCUAUUGACAGGUGAUCUUGUUCCUAGAUAGUCUAAAACCACUAUGACAAAGUCUGCUAGGUCUACUUUCAAUUUGGUUGAUAUGUUGCACGAGAUGGGCUUCAUCAUGAUCCAAACUACAAAACCAUGCGAUUCAUCGCAUCUUGUACUAGCUGUGCACUGACUGCACUCUCGAUUUAUCUCAUGUGCUGGGGUAGAUGCGACGGCGUGCGAAGGCAGUCGGCCAGUGUGUAUAAUUUAGCAAAUAAUGCUACUUUUUCUCUUUUAUUUCUGUUGGGUCUCGAUGCCUGAGAAAAAUGGGUGCCAUGCGUGAGAUCGUGAGACGGACCCUGGAUGGGUGAGUCUCACGCACAAUGUGUGAUACUUGGUAGCUCUGCAAUCAUCACUUGGUUGAUACCUUCCACCGAAACUAAUCAUCUUUACAGUGAUAGGAUAGGAUAAUUGCCACUUGGUCUCAGUAAAGACAAAUACCAUUAGUGGUAAUGACCUCAAAAUGAGUUCAAACAGAUUCCAAUAAAAUUACCACCCAAGUGUUUAUAUGUAUAAAUAAAAAAAAAUAUGUGCCAAAUGGCUCUGGAAAAAAAUGCGUAAUAGCUGAGAUAUGAGCAAAAUAUGCACAGAAUUCCAUCAAAAUGUCUGGUAUUUUCCCCACACAAUAUCAAUACACUGUCCCACAUAUGCCUUUCAGUGCUAGUGAUCAUCAGAAUUAUCGGUUUUCAGGUAAGAUUUCAUGAUUUCACAAUGAUAAGUUAACACUAACUAAUGUACCAGAUGUAGGUCAGUGAUAAUAUUGUUCCCAUUAACCUUUGUUCAAAAGACAUUGUCAUAAAAGAAUCGUUUGUUGCAACUGCUUUCUUUCACCUUUAAUCUUCACCAUUUCAUCAGGUGACAAUUGAUCUUUACUAAUCUAAGUUCUGUUCCAUUAAAGUGUGCAUUAGCGAAUUUGUGUAUGAAUCUGACUGGAAUUGAGAUGAAAGCAUUCAAUAGAAGAAAUGGUUAUUGGUCAAACUUGUGGACGAAAUGAGAUGAGAUCGUGUGGAAAAGACCAAGCAGACAUGAAAUAUAAUGGUGUGACCGAAUCGCACUUCUUCAAUCUGGCUAUCCUUGUUUGAAGUCUGUGUGAAUAUUCAUGCAAAUAUCGGAAUCUCUCAGUGUGUUACGGAUGCAUCACAUGCUAGCCGUAUUGAAACUAGUCUUUAUGUUCACCUAUGUAUGUGAGCAUUCUUUAUAUAUUUCUUGGAUGUCUGUUAUGUUUGGCUAUGAACUAGAGCUAAGUAUACAAAAACACAGUACUGUUAUUAUAUGCAUCUUUCAUAAUAUUUGCCAAACAAAGGCACAUUGUCUUAUGCAUGGUAGAUUAAUUAGGGUAUUACGUCUGACUUAAGAGUUGUAUAUUGUUUAAUAAGUACUUCUACUUUGUUAUUAUUUAUAUUUUAUUUUUAUAACUUUGUAAUAUUAUUGUUUAUAUUGCAUAUUUAUAUGAUUUGAGUCUUUCCUGUUAAGAUUGAAUUACUUGUACUUUAAUGAUACUAGACAGUGGUAUGUCAAUUUUCCUUCUUGUGUGACCUACUUUUCUUGAUGUAAGCAUACGACUCCUCGCUUAUGCAGAUUGUGAAUAAUGUCUUGUAUUCAUGUAAAUAAUCCUACAUUUGAUAUUAUGAAAUGUAGUUUAAUGGCUGAAAAGUAAUGUAUUCUAAUUUGAUUCAUUUUCCUCAUAAUGUGUAGAACUAUUAGACAUAUCAACAUCUGAUAUCCUGUCUCCUGUGUAAAGAAAACUAGUAUAUUUAUUAUUGGUCUAAUGUGCAAUAUAUUUCUCAUUUAGUGAGAACAGAAGCAUUAAUAUUUGCUGCAGACAUUAUUAAAUCCUUAUAGUUUAUUUCAUACAAGUACGUGUAAAUAUUACUUUCAGAUACAUAUGAGUGUGCAAAUUAUGAGUAUACAUAUGUUAGUGUUAGUAAUAUCCAAGAGGCUGGCUGUAUUUAGAGUACUAGUUAGUAGUUUUGAUAAUGAAUUUUAUACUGUACUGUCUAUUUAACGUAACUAUUCCAAACAAAGAAGGAUUGGACUAUGUUGGCAUUGCAGUUAUGUUUUGUGCUUUCAAGGUGAUGAUCAUUUUAAGGGAGAUUUAAAAGAAAAGAUUGUGAGUUCGCAAGCGAGGAGUUUAUUCAACUAGCAUGGUGCAGCAGCCGUGGUAGACCUAUCACCAAAACAGGACCUUGUUCUUGGGCUACAUGAAGAUCCAGCAAGGAGAUUAGAGAGUCCCUUUUAGGAACUUUGAUAUAGAAAAUAUUUCAGAGAAUAAUAAACCAUGUUUUGUGUUCCAAGUAUGAGUAUUACCUUAAUAGAUAUUACUGUGUGAAUCGCAUGCAUAACAAACCAAACUUUCUUUCAAAGGAAUUAGAAGUUCAACAAAUC